AUGAAUCUAACAGAAGUUUAUGAAGCUGAAUUUUGCAUCCAGUCCUCCAGUUCAUCCUGUGUCAGAACAGCAUUGCUUACAACAGUUGAUGUGUUCCUGUAUUUGUCUGCAGCCGCAGCUGUGUUGCUGACAGUGUGUGGAAACCUGCUGGUGAUCAUCUCCAUCUGCCACUUCAAGCAGCUCCACACACCAACCAACCUCCUCCUCCUCUCUCUGGCUCUUAGUGACAUUCUUGUUGGAGUGAUUGUGAUGCCCUUCCAAUUUACUCUAUUGAUAGAAUCAUGUUGGCUCUUUGGGACAACGUUUUGCUCGAUUCUAAACUUGUUUUCCCUUUAUCUGACUUGUGUGUCUAUAUAUAAUGUAACUUUCAUUGCAGUGGACAGAUUCAUCGCACUUUUUGACCCUUUUCACUACUCCAACAGAGUAACGGUCAGAGUUACUUUACUGGUAAUAUGCUUUAUCUGGAUUCUUUCCAUUUUCUAUACCAUGGCUCUUCUUUAUUUCAAUGGAAAUAUGUUGGAACAAAAAACCUGCCCCAUAGUGUGUCCUGUUUCUAUCAGCUUAAUAUGGGCAACUGUUGAUCUCAUCGUAGGAUUUAUUGUGCCGUGCUUGACAAUGAUACUACUUUAUGUGCACAUUUUUGCCCUCGCAAAAAAACACGCAGAAUCCAUCAAAUGUGUCGGAAAACAACAAUUCAAGAAUGCUAGAAAAGGCAAUUCUAUGGCAUCUGAAUGGAAAGCAGCAAAAUUACUAGGCAUAAUUGUGUCUGUCUUCUUAAUGUGUUUAGUACCAUACAACAUUGGCCUUCUUGCAACUGCCAAUGUUGAAAAAACAGCUACUUCUGGUCAUCUAAUUCCCAAUUUUUUAGCUUGCCUCAUAUUUCUUAAUUCUACCAUGAAUCCUAUUAUUUAUGCUCUGUUUUAUCCAUGGUUUCAGAAGUGUGUGAAACUCAUUAUAAGACUUAAGAUAUUUAGCUCCGGGUCUUCACAGAUAAAUGUCUUUUAA